GCCGUGGAGCUACCCCGCCAGUACUUGGAGAGGCGCCAGUUUGUCAUGGAGGACUGGAGCCAGCUUUCUGGCUUUCAUCUCCCAUAUAGAGCCCCAGAGACAGCAUCUGCCGCCAGCCUAGCCUCCCUCUGUCGCCGAGAGCUCUGUCGACCGGCCUCGAGCCUCGCCUUGACAAGCGCAGACUGCCCGCUCCGAGCGGGGAGACCAGGCUUCCGCACCGGAAGGAAGUACCGGUAGUGACGUCGCGGCUGCCGAGGCGCUCGGCUUCCCAGAAGGCACCGCGUCCGACCUUCCUCCUCAACUGACGGCGGCGUUUACCAAUCGUCGCCCUCGGCCUGUGAGGGCACACCGAAGGGCGAGGGGCGGGCUUGGCCUCUCGCGCCUGGUUUCCGUGUCUCUGCGUCUGGGUCUCCGGACCGUCCCCUGCGAGCUCCCAGGGGCGGAACAGCCCCCCGAGAGCUUGGCUAUCUGACAGUCUUCCUUCAGUAAGAGGUGACUCCUGAAGCUCUGCAGAAGGAGUGUGGUGUGUGAUUUCAAGGCGCGAUGGCUGCAAAAGUCGUUCCAAUGCCCCUAAAGCCAAAGCGGUCCUUUAUACUGAGAGUUCCUCCGGAAUCCAAGCUGGGCCAAGACCUACUUCGGGAUGCUACUAGUGGGCCCAAGACCAUCCACCAGCUAGUUCUGGAGCACUUCCUCACCUUCUUGCCCAAGCCAGGCGUGGGCCAGCCCGAUCAGAAAGUCAAGGAGACUUUGGUUAUUAUGAAGGAUGUGAGCUCAAACUUUCAGAACAGAUUGCAACCUCGUCCCAUGGUGAAGCUUCUACCCAGAGACGGAAUCCAGCGGAAACAGGACGCAUCGUCUCUGUAUCGGAAUACUGAGCCUGAGGAACUGCUGGUCUUCGAGGAUUUGAAUGUAUUUCACUCUCAAGAAGAAUGUGUGAGCCUAGAUGCUAUUCAGCAGCCCACCUCAGAGAAGGACGACAGUGUUGGAGAGAUGGUGUUACUGGCCCAUGACAUUAAUCCUGAGACUGAAGGUCUUCAGAAGGAACCUGUAGAGAGUGAAGAUCAUAGAGAGAAGACUUCAGAUUGUGAUGAAGUAGAUUGUUCUGUGGUCUCUGAGCAAUCUCCAUAUUGCCAUAAAGACAGACUAAAUACAUCUACUCCAAAACAAAGGAAAGUGAAAAAUCUUCUAGUUACCAUUGAAAAUGAUACUCCCCUAGAGGAACUCUCAAAGUAUGUGGAUAUCAACGUGAUUGCACUUACUCGAAAUCGGAGAACGAGAAGAUGGUACACUUGUCCACUGUGUGGGAAACAGUUUAAUGAAAGUUCUUACCUUAUUUCCCACCAGCGGACUCACACUGGUGAAAAACCCUAUGACUGUAGUCAUUGUGGGAAAAGCUUCAAUCAUAAAACAAACCUUAAUAAACAUGAACGCAUCCAUACAGGAGAGAAACCUUAUUCAUGUUCUCAGUGUGGGAAAAACUUUCGUCAAAACUCUCAUCGGAGUCGCCAUGAAGAAAUCCAUGUAAGGGAGAAGAUAUUUAAGUGUCCAGAAUGUGGGAAAACCUUCCCAGAGAAUGAAGACUUUUUGCUACACCUGCAGAGUCAUGAGGCUGAGAGGCCAUAUAGUUGCAAAAAAUGUGGGAGAAGAUUUGGCCGGCUCUCCAACUGUACCCGGCAUGAAAAAACCCAUUUGCCAUCUAAGACCCGAAAGCAGAAAUGGGAUCAGGAAAGAUCCUGAAUUCCCAGGCUUCUGAAAAGAUACAGAUAUGUGAUAACCUCAGUAUAGUCAAAAUUGGGUAAAUACCCAUCUUGGCUGAAACCUCAAAUUUUUAGAAAAUUUCACAGGGAAGAAAACACCCUCAAGGGCUAUACCUCAGUCAUCAGCAUCCACACUUUCUGGACUAAGGAGCUUUCUUUUGUGAACUUCUCCAACAAUGUACAGGCCACAGGUCCCUUUCCCAAAAAGGAGGCCACUUACCUGCAAGGUGAACAGAGUGACCUGUGUGUAUGAAAGCGUAUCCAUUCUCCCCUCACACACAGGAGUUCGCACUUGUGGGGAAAAAAUAAUGCACAGUUCCUUAUCUGGAACUGUGUUCGCCUGAGAGAACCAAACUACUGAUUUGUUAAACCAACAGCUUCACUACCAAUUCACAUAACCUUCAAAGAACACCCUGUUAGAGCUUGAGUGUUGAAAGGGACUGUUUCCUUUGGAAUAUAGGAAGAUACAGCAAGUGAAUGUCAAAGACUUACUCUGUUAUUUGUAUGUGAUCGAAACUAACCAUCGAUCUCAUCAGCAUGUGCAUUUUGUAGUGAAAAGUGACUUUUACAGGAAUACUUUUCACAAGAUACUUUUAAAGUGUCUGUUGCUCUUACUGUAUUUUUGGCCAGCUCUUCACUGCUCGGCUAGCGCUCAUGGCCUUUGCAUUGCCAAAAGAAGUUUGGGUCGCUCGGGCCCAGCCUCCCAGCCCUACUACUGGUAAAGCUCUUCAGAAUCUUGUUCCUCUGCUGAACCAAGAAGGAAGCCUGCUAGGAAGGAAAUCCAAGAGCCAGAAGAGGAAGAGGGAGACAUUGGCUUGGACCCAUGACUGGCCAAUUACCCUACCAUGUGGUCACUUCCUCUCCAAGCUCUCCUCAGACCCUUGCCAAUGGGUGGUCACUACCUCACAAGCAAAGUGUUUUAUUUUUAGCAGUUGUCUCCAGUGGCUAGUUCACAUUGCCCCUCAAGAGACAGGAUUCCAGUAUCUUCAUUGUCGUAGAUACUUGUUCUUGUAGGGCUCCUGCUACCCACUUUCCUGACUUGUCUGCCCAGAGGCCAGGUCAGCGGUGCCUUCAUGGGACAGGUCCUGUGGUGUGUUAUUUUAAAGAUUCUUGAUGAUCAUGUUUUGCUUUAUGUUAGCUUUCCUAAAAAUCUACAUUGGUAUUUUGACUGAAAUAGGUUAAGCCUAUAAACUAUUUGGGAAAACUUUGGUAGCUUUACAAAUUUUCUUUCCCAUGCCUUUAUUAAAGUAUUGUAUUCCUGAGUAAAACUGUCUGAUUUUCUAAUGUAAGUUGUAUAUGAUUUUAUUAUUGCAAAUAGUUUUUUUUCAUUGUAUUUUUCUAGUUGGCUAUUGCUCUUACAUAGGAAAGUUAUUUUUAAGUGUAUAUUUGUGAAACUAGCCACCUCACUGAAUGUUGAUUUUCAAUAAUUUCUCAGUUCUGUUACAAUUUGUGGUGCAAAAUUAUACCAUCUACAAAUAAUA